UGUGUGGGCAGUGCUGUUGGCGCAUGAUCGUGGUGACCUGCACAGAGCAGUUCAGGUCGCGGGAAUAUUGGGCCCCACCUUAGGGCAGAGAUGCUGUGCACCCUGGGUGGUCGAUUGGCACGUUUGCAGCCUACCCUGCGACUCCGUGCUCUGGGCCUGCCUCUUCUGUCGGGCCCGAUGAGCGGCCCCAAGCUUCAGCCUCUACCGGUGUGGGCGGUUGCGUCCAUCUCUGCUGUUGCUCCGGGCAGCACGGGAGGCUGGUACGAGGCCCUGGCCGCGUCGGCGCCCGUGCGGGCAGCGGAGGAAGUGCUGCUUGGUGCGCAUGCCGCCUCGGGGCUGCCCUGGUGGGGCAGCAUUUUGCUCACCACCGUGGCCCUACGCGGCGCUGUCACGCUGCCCCUGGCUGCUUAUCAGCACUACAUCCUGGCCAAGGUGGAAAAUUUGCAACCAGAAAUAAAAAACAUUGCCAGACAUCUUAAUCAAGAAGUUGCAGUUUAUGCAAGUCAGUUGGGUUGGUCCAAAAGAGUUGCCAGGCUCACUUAUCUAAGGAAUAUGAGGAGGCUUGUUUCAGAGCUUUAUAUUCGGGAUAACUGCCACCCUUUCAAAGCCACUGUAUUGGUCUGGAUUCAACUUCCAAUGUGGAUCUUCAUGUCUGUUGCCCUCCGGAAUUUUAGCAUAGGGGCAACACAUUCAGAAGCAGGUUUCUCUGUUCAGGAGCAGUUAGCAACUGGUGGGAUCUUGUGGUUUCCUGACCUCACUGCGCUGGAUUCCACUUGGAUUCUACCUGUCUCUGUUGGUGUCAUCAAUUUAUUAAUAGUGGAGGUUUUUGUGGUUCUGGGUUCCAAACUGUGUCUUGCACAUGAUAUUUGCUCUACAAAAAAUUGGCAUGUCCCGUUUUCAGAUGUAUGUUACAUACUUUGUACGUGCUGUAUCAGUACUGAUGAUUCCAAUUGCUGCAACAGUACCUUCAUCGAUUGUUCUCUACUGGUUAUGCUCCAGCUUCAUGGGCCUUUCACAGAACUUGCUGCUGCGUUCUCCUGGAUUUCGUCACCUAUGUCGAAUACCGGUGACGAAGUCAGAUUCAGAUACUCCUUAUAAAGACCUAUUUGCUGCCUUUUAUGCCAAGUUCAUUUCAAGAAAAUGAUGUUUUCUAAUUACUUUUAGAUAAGUGCAAAUGUCAUCACUUUUAUGUAU